AGUGUGGGUGCCCCUGAAGCCCUCAAACAUCCCCCACACUGGGCGCGGCCCAGUGUGCCUUGGCACUCCCUUCUUCUAAUGUCCCAGGAGCCAGGGUGCUCUGGGCCAGACAAAAGAAGCUGUUAGCCUCAAAUAGCAGAGGAAGAGGGAGAUGUGCUGUGCUGCAGGAGGGACGGGGAAUUGCAAUCUGUCACACCGAAGCAGUCACGUCACUUCACUUCCUCUCGACCUUUGCCCCAUUCAGGCUGAGAGUCCAGCUCAAAGAGAGAAUCCCGCACAUCAGAGCCGGGUUCAGGCUGCGGUGGGUGAAAAGUGGGAGACGUAGGAUCACAUCCCACUUUUUGAGGCGCCUUUUUCCCCCAGGUCAGGGUUGCUCUGGCUUUUUGGGGCUGCAGCAGCUCAAUAUGACCUUGAUGGACGUGGCAGCUGUGAUAAGCUGCCCUUCUCAUCGCACCUUUUGAUGCUGUGAACCGCAGCCCCCCCUUUGUCAUAAGGGACACAGCACAGUUAGCGAGGCUGGCAGCUCUGCAGCAUCUCUGGGAGCUCGGCUUUUGCUGCUUUGCCUCUGUGCAGUCAGAUUAGAUGCAGAAAAGCCUUUAAAACCUGCAGACCUUUAAACUAAAGUGUGUGUUGCUGGUCGAGAAGCCGCAACCCUUCCUGUGUUUGACGUUUCUCAAAUAAAAUUUCCUAACAUAUCUCCGCAGGGUUUUCUCUACCUGCUCUGGUCACAAUCGAGCCCCUUCGUGUGCUCACAUUGCCCAGGCUGGAAACCACUUUCCCCUAAAAAGGGAUAAAUACCUAAUUUGGGGCUGUUUCAAUAGGUCCUGACAGUUUGUUUUUUCCUCUCAUUGGGGUUGAAAAAUCCUCGCAUGGGAUUUCUUCCUCGGUGCAGAAAAAGAUGAGCGAAUCUUCCAAAGCAACCAGUAAACGUGUCAUUUCCCACCUUUAUAUUUUCUAUAAGUUUGGGGCUGUGUUUUCACUUUUGACCUUCCCCGCCCUCCAGUUGCUCCAGUCCCGCUUCCCAAAGGGAGCAGCUGAGUGUCUCUUGGAAAUGCCUUGAAAACAAGGAACGAAGAGAAACAGCUUGAUUUCUUGAGCUUUUUGGGCCAUUUUCCAUCUUUCCCCUCAAAGGGCUCAUUUCUAACCCCUUAUUUCCAGAGUCUCCCGGGUUUUUUUGGCAAAGCAGCAAAAUGGUGAUGUGCUUUAAACCCAGGCUGGAAAACCAGUGAAAUUACAGGGAAACUGGUAAAAGUGGCGAUGCUGGGAUAGGUUUGGGUGGGGAGAAGCAGUGACCGAGGCAAGAAAACACCUUUCGAGCAGCUGAAGGGAGGAGAUAAGGGUGGAAUGGAUCUGGUUUUAUUUAUUCCAUAGGAAUCCCGAUUCUCGCAAUCCUGGUAGGAACAUUCUGGGAGAUCGCGGAUCAUUCUCGCCACGACACCUUAUUUCUCGUGCAAAAUGACCCAUUUGGACAGAGCGGAGCAAGGUCUGGAACGGCCCAUUUGCCGAACUGUGGAUCUUGGGUUUGUUUGUGCCUUUUUUCAAUUAUUCAAGGUGUCUUGUUUGGUACCUUAGAAGAAUAUGGCUCAACUUUGAAUAGAAAAGGCUUAACGUUGUCAGGAGCUGCUUCCCUUGAUGAGACAAGCACAUUUUCCCUGGCUUAAUUCAGCAUAAACGGCGUAAAGUUUCAUUUUCGGGCUGACCAGCGCAUCGCAUGCGCUUUCUUGCAACCUCGCUGCGCUUGCCGAGCGCUCAGAGGCUCUUACUUCUCCCCGCAGAGCUCUGGCCUGGAGAGGAACUUGCGGAGAUAAACCAGAGGAGCGAAAAACCGCAGAAAAGCCGGUUUUCUCCGGGCUGGAUGGGCCGCGUUGGAGCCAGAGGCACCGCUGGUGAUCCUCCUGCCUCUCCCGCUAUGGCCGAGGAAAUUGUCCAUGUUGACCUGGAUAUCAGGUCUGGAAGGUGCAGCAGGAAAGUGCAUUCGCUUCCUCAACCUGGCACAUCGAGCUGUCCCCGGUGGCACCGAGCGGCUCUCUGCGCCGGCUGGACCGGGAAACUCAUCUUCUGGGUGGCCCUGGUGGCGAUGGGAUGCUCGUUUCUGCACCAGCAGCCGGAGAACCCAGAAAGCUGCAAAAACGGGAGCGGGAACGCAGGAGAUGGCAACAGCACCCUGGAGAAGAUCCGCUCAGAGCUGCGGAAAGAGCUUUGCUUGCCAAAUCUGCAAGAGGCUGGGGGGUGCAAGAUCUGCCCCAGGGGCUGGAUGGCGAGUGGGACCAAGUGCUUCUGGGCUGCUGAUGGGAUGCGCUCGUGGAGCGAGAGCCGGGGGGACUGUGCGAGUCGGGGGGCCGAGCUGCUGAUGCCAGGGGACGAGGACGAGCUGGAUUUCCUAAACCAAAUCAUUGGGAAACCCAGCAGCUACUUCUGGAUCGGCCUCUCCCGCCCCUCUCAUGAGAAGGGCUGGACUUGGCUGAACGGCUCCCUCGUGGACUGGCGCCGCUCCAGGUUCUGGCUGAGCCGUUGGUCUGGAGAAAGCUGUGCGGUGCUGAGGGGGAACAGCAUCGCGUCUCAAAGCUGCAGCUCAGGAUCUCACUGGAUCUGCCAGAAAGAAGGCACCCAGCUCUGAGAGGGCAGGAGGGGCACAAAAUGGGCCAACAGCAGGAGAGACACCUGGGAACGGGCCAGGAUCAGGCCCUCGGUGGGGGCUGUGGUACUGGCAUUGCUCAACAGAUCUGCACCAAUUAAUUAUGACGUUAAUUUGGCUCCGUGUGGUGUUUCCAAGCAAGUUUGCUCAUGGGGAGGGGUGGAAGGAGCAUCCUGCUGUACCAGAGAAGGCUCCUCGUGCACACCUGCCCUCGUACACACGCUUGUGUAUGCACACCCUCGUGCACACCCUCGUGCACACCCUCGUGCACACCCUCGUGCACACUGUACCCAUCCCUUUCUGUCCAGGGGGGAGGAUUAAGAAGAAAUAAAGCAAUCCAAAAGUAAACACGCGGCAGGUGAACUGCUGCGAGGCAGCGCCUGGGCCAGACCCAGGGAGCGCGAACACCCAGACCCCAGUUUGCUGACCGAGGAGGGGGACAGGGGACAUGGACAUGGGGGUGGCUGCAAGUCUAAGCCACAGCUGCCACAUCGGGGUGACGGGGAGGAGAUAAGAGCAUCUCCCUAUAGAAUAAACCUCCCAAAAUAGCGCAAACCUCCCAAAGCAGUUUCCCCAGCUCAGAGCGAGCUGCGAAGCUCGGCGGGACUGCCCCAUGUGCUGUGUGGUCUGAACUGGGCGCCUGGGGGUGGGUGGACUGGGAGCACUGGGAAGGGCCGUUUGCAGCAGCCCUGGUGUCACGCAGCCCCCUCGUUGCUCUCGGGGGACACGGGGAGGUUUAUUCACCCUCCAGCCAGGUUGGGUUCGUCCCCAGCAGCCCCACGGCUGCUUUCGGCUGCUUCUGGGGGGAUCAGGACUUGGGGGGCCCCCAGAGCCCCGUAAUGCAGCCUUGGAUGAGGGAACACACCCCUGUGGGACACUGGGACAUCCCGAGCUCCUCCCGCCUGCAGCGAUUCCUCCCACAAUCAAAACAGGAGCUUUGUGCCAAAGAGAAGAGAAGAGAAGAGAAACCAGCAUCUUUAUCAGCAGUGGUUUGGUGACGUGUUUGCCGGCCAUUCUUCAUGCUGACUGUGGAACGAAACCAUGUACUUCACAAGGGGAAGAGGCCUUGGGGGGGGAACCGGCAGAUAUUCAUGUGUAGGGAGGGCAGGUGGGAUCUGUCGCCUGGAAAUCCCCCGUGUCGCUCUCCUGGCUGGUGGGUACAGAAAUGCUGACGACGGGCAGCGAGAGCUGCGUGCGGGGAUGUUUUUGAGCUGAUGCCGUCCCCGCUGCCCACGCUCCCCUGCGGUUUCUUUUCCUGCUGGAAUUUAUGGCAGCCGCUGGUUUAAUCCAGAAAAUGAGUGUGAGCGUAUUUACUAAGGUCGGUGAGGAGGAGCUGGGGGAAGGAAAAAGCUGCGAAGGGGGAAGAUCCAUCUCUGGCUCCAUCCCCUCUUUUCCCCUGGGCGGAGGACACAGCGGCACCGCCUGCAGCUCCCGCUGGGGCCGGAGGGAGCAGGGGAAGGUUUGAUGUCCGGGGAAAGGGACAAUGUGCCUAUAUCAACCAGGACGGGGUCAGCAGCGACUGGUGCUCCCAGACGAAAUUCUCUGUCUGCAGCCACCGGCAAAACCGGCCCAGCGCCAUUCAGAACGAUUCAGAAACCCUCCCCAAUUUCACCUGAAAUUUCCCCCUCGGCAGAGGGGAUCAACCACAAGCUGCUAUUAACCCUCCGCGACAUGUUAGCAAUGGUGCAAAUUCAUUUUGGUUUUAGGUUACAAAAGCAGAAACGCCUCACAACGCUGACACAAAGCUGAGACCAAAGAAUCCUCACUCGGGUUUGACCACAAGUGUCUUUCCAGCGUUUGCAGCUGCGGGGACACUCGGGGACACUCGAGGGGUUUGGAAAACUCCCCACUCUGCCGCUGCCACCCCACGGAGCUCAGUCCCGCUGGUUUUCCCGUCCUCGGCAUUGUGUGUGUUGGUUUUGGUUUUGGUUUUGGUUUGGUUUUAUCUGGGUUUGGAGGAUCUGGAGGCAAUGGGCAGAAAUACAAAGUGGAGACCCCGACCUCAGCAAGGAGCCCCAACCGCUGCUCUGGGAUGUGUUUUGGCGUCCCGGUGAAUUACCCAGCGCUGAGUUUGUCCUGGUUUUCCUGGUCAUUUCCUCCGGCUUAAAUCUCGGUGGCUUUUUUCUGGCAAACCCACUGCAGUGGAGCGCUGCAGAUGUGGGAACGCAGCUGCCCCCCCCGAAUCGCGGCACAAGCCUUCGCCUGGACGGGACCCAGCACCGGAGACCUGGGGAGCACCGGGACGGCCAUCAGCCUGGCGCCGUGCAUCGCGCGUUGUGUGUUCAGUUACAAUAGUUAUCUCAUUACAGUGUUUUCCUCCCACAACCUGAACCGGCACAGCCGCUGUCAGCUCAGCUGAUGGUACCACCCUCUUGUUUUUCCAACUGUUGGGGAAGCAGAACUAUCGGCAAUCCCGUGCUCACCCCAAAAGAUAAUUACCCCUCCCCACACCCCCAUGUGUGUACUAACAAAUAUUAGCUCGGUCGGAUCGAUUGCAAUUUGCACAUUAUUGCACUUUGCAUUUGGGUAUAUAAUAGGAAUAAGGGUUUAAUUGCUUUUUUCCCUCUCUUCUCCCUGUUUCGCAGCUGGGCUGCAGAGAACAAACCCGUGUUGCUCUGGUUUCUCUGUGCUCCUAUGAGCGUUGCUGCUGCCUCCAGGGGGAUUUUGGGGGCAGCCGGGUCUGUGCUGAGCAUCGCGCUGGAAACAUUUCCCCUGGGCCGGGGCUGUUGGAACCUGCUCGUGAACCGGAGCGAGGGGCACUCACAGGGCUGCUUGUAACGCGGAUCCGUCCCACCAGCUCCACUCCUGCCCGCGCGUCUGGUCGAUGCUCAGCCCCAUCCAGGCUCCGGAGCUGGUUCUGGUCAUCUCCCCGAUGAAAGCCUGGGAGAGGAGAAGAGACUCAGAGGUGAUCGCAUGGCAAAGAGACCUGAUCCUGCCCAUGAGGGUCUGGUCGGGAUGGGCCCGGCACAUCCCGGUUGCUGACUGGGGGCUGGAGGGGUUGGUGGGUGCUUUGGAAGAGAUGGGAGUGUGGUCUGGAGAUGACGGGCAGGGCUGGAGACAUUCACACCCGAUCCUGUGUGAUCUGCUCUGGUGACCCUGUGUUAGCAGGUGGGUUGGAAUGGAUGAUCUCCAGAGGUCCCUUCAACCCAACCAGCCUGGGACUCUGUGUAUGAUUCGGUGAAGCAGGUUUUUUUUGGGGUGGCAGAGGAGCCUGGAAUCUCAUAUAUGGGGCAACAUGUAUUUGCCCUUUUCCCUUAACCUCACCUAAGUUCUGAUUUAUGUUUUGAGGCUCUUUUUCCCCCUGAAAUAAUAGAAUCAUUUUGGUUGGAAAACA